AUAUAUGUAUGUAAGUUAUGAAAUAAGUUACAACGUUGAAACUUAACGUCUUAUGAGCAAAAGAUAGAAAGAAUGGAAGAUGAAAAAAGUGCAUGUAUGAAAAAGAGAGAGAGAGAGAAAGAAAAAAAAAUUUAACAAUGUUUUGUUCUAGAUUUUAUCUAUAACAAGAUCAUUAAAUAUUUCAGAUUGAUAUUAAUAUGUUAAACUUUAGACAACAAAAAUGUUAAACCCAUAGAAUUGAUUCCUCCAAUACUGAUUGAUUUCAACGGUUCAUAAAAUAAGGAGACAGUUUCACUUUUGCGCGUUUGCAACUCGCAUAUAUCUUACCAGCAUUUAUCUUAUAGUUUCAGAAAUUUUGUUGAUUUAUAAAGCGGUGGGUAUAUAUAUGUAGUGUACAAUCACAGUUAUAAACCUUUCCGUUCACAAAGAGUCCGUUAAAAGAAAUACAAUUCGUCACUCAUAAAUAUGUGAUUGCGCGAUACUGUGGAAUAUAUCUCUAAUAUUUUCUUUUUGUUGUCGCGCUAUUUUUCUUUUCUUUUAAAAAAACUUUUCAAAGGAAUAUACAAAUAUCAUUUCAAAGAAAUAAAACUCCGCGAUUAGAAUAUUCGAUGAGAUAUCAUUUCGAACGAUACACCUUUGAUUUCUGUAAUACAAUAUGUCUUUCUUUGACAAUCACUACUAUUAUUUCAACAAAAUACUUCUAAGAAUAAUCGGCCAAUGGCCAUUUCAGUCGCGAAUGGAGAGUAACAUGAUGCUCGCCGUUACAUCUUUGUUCAUUUUCAGUUUAACAGCCUUUGAGUUUUGGGGUUUAGCAGCUGGAAUAACAGAUCUGAGCAUUAUCAUGGAAAACUUUUCGCCGUUACUGGUGAAUACUAUGGCCAUCACUAAGCUGAUUAAUUGUGUAUUUACUAAUGACAAAAUGAAAGUGCUUUUGGAGGACAUCGAAGAGACGUGGAAGAUGAAAUCGGGGGCAGAGAAGGAAAUAUUACAGCUUUAUGCAGAGCAAAGUAGAACUUUCACGAUACGAUACACGAUUGCUCUUUACGUGGCGUGGCUCUCCUAUUCUACGACACCGAUCGUCGUUAGUGGAAUGUAUAAAAUUUUACCGACAAACGAAACAUACACGGCCAGGUUUCUAUAUCGUAUGGAACAUGUUCUCGACAUGGACAAAUACUACAACCUGUUGAUGCUUCACGGGUUUAUCAGCGUAUUCUACAUAGUCUCUGUGCCGAUAGCUAUCGAUUCCAUAUUCACAAUUUGUACUCAGCAUAUAUGUGCAUUGUUCGAAUGCUUAAAAUAUAACAUAGAGCGCAUACGAUGCUCGGAUAUCAUGUUGCUCGAGUUAAAUGUUAAGAACGAUGAAUCAUAUCACGACAUAAUUGGUUGUAUCGAAUCCUACAAACAUGCUUUAAAACUUUCAGAAGUGCUCGCAUCUAACUAUGCGGUAUCAUUUCUCUUUCUAUUGGGAAAUGGAAUUAUAUGCCUAAGUUUCAGCGCGGCUGAGGUAAAAAAUUCGAAUUAAAAAGGAACUUUAAACAAUUUACUUUUUACAU